AAAGCUUAACCACGUUACUCUAGGAGAACUAAUCAGAGCUGACGAAGCUCUAGAGAGCUGAUAGCCGGCGAACUAGACAAGCUUACGCAGCAGCUGCUGCUGCGACCUCGACAUGGUUUUGUAGCGUCAGCAGCAUCAACAUCAGCUUGCCCUUUUACGGUUUAUCCUGCUAAGGGAGGAGAUCUCCAGCAGAAAUGUUCGGUGGAGCAUUUGGCGGCACCACCGGCUUUGGCCAGCCUGCUGCACAGCCUGCGUUCGGCGCCCAGCCAGCACAACCGGCAGCUAGUCCGUUUGGCGGGGCAUUUGGUGCACCUGCUCAGCCAGCUGCGAGCCCGUUCGGCGCACCUGCACCGGCUGCGGGUGCGCCCCUGUUCGGCGCCCAGAGUCCGGCACCUGCUUUUGGUGCCGCGGCACCGGCUGCUGCGCCCGCGUUUGGAGCACAGACCACGACAGGCGGCUUCGGGGCUGCAGGCUUCGGGGCUGCGGCCAAGCCUGCGGGCUUCGGUGGGUUCGGGGCAACUGCGGCGCCUGCAAACCCAUUCGGCGCCACCACGCAGACUCCUGGCGCUUUCGGAGCUACGGCACAGUCCGCGCCCGCAUUUGGCGCGGGCCUGGGCACUGCCCCCUCGUUUGGAACCACGCUGAACCCCACACCUGGGGGCUUCGGUGCAACCUCUACGCCGGCUUUCGGCGCGCCGCAAUCUGCGGCGGCAUUUGGUGGCUUUGGCGCCUCCAGUGCGCCGGCGUUUGGUGCACCGGCUGCGGCGGCAGCGAACCCGUUCGGCGCACCAGCUGCCGGCGGCUUCGGCGCUAGCGCACCGGCGGCAUUUGGCGCGGCCCCUGCAGCGACAGGGUUUGGCGCCCCUGCUGCGACGCCCGCGGCCCCUUUUGGGAGCACCACCAGCAACCUCUUCGGCGCUCCUGCGGCCGCGCCCUCGCCCUUUGGCGCGCCCGCGGGCGCGCCCGCGGCAGGCGGCUUUGGUGGCUUUGGAGCCGCCGCGCCCGGCGCCCCGACCACUGGCACUCGCAAUGUGCCGUACUCGAAGACGAAGGACCCUGACGCCCCGGCGGGCCAGGUCACCUUCCUCAUGUCCAUCUCGGCCCUGUCCAACUACAACCCGCCCAGCGCCGCCAAGUCCCACGAGGAGCUGCGCUGGGAGGACUACGAGGCGGGCGUGAAGAACCAGAGCGCCGGCCCCGCGCCGGCGGCCGCCGGUGCCUUCGGCGCGCCCGCCCCCGGCACCACGACCGGCUUCGGCGGCUUUGGCGCUACCGCCACUCAGCCCGCUGCGGGUGGCUUCGGAGCGCCGGCGGCCAACCCCUUUGGCGCGCCCGCCUCCUCGGCGCCGGCUUUCGGCGCCAGCUCCGCGCCGGCCUUUGGCGCCACCAGCACGCCGUCGCUGUUCGGCUCCACGCCCGCCGCCGCAACCCCCGCCAAUCCUUUCGGGGCGCCCGCCGCCACGGCAUCCGCCUUCGGCGGCUUCGGUGCGGCGCCAGCCAGCCAGCCCUCGCUGUUCGGCGCCAACACGGCCACCACCAACGCCUUCGGCGCGACCGCGGGCGCCUUCGGCGCGGCUACCCCAUUCGGCGGCGCCGCCUCGCAGCCGGCGUCUUCAUUCAACUUCGCCACCAGCAGCCCCAGCACCUUUGGCGCCGCCUCGGCGCCUGCUAGCGGCGGCUUGUUCGGUGCGCCGGCCUCCGCAGCCUCGCCCAGCCCAUUUGGCGCCACCGGCGCCUUUGGGGCCGUGGGCUCGCCUUUCGGCGGCGCCUCCUCCGCCUCUGCCCUGGGCACCAGCACCUUUGGCGCCUUUGGUGCGACGGCGGCGAAGCCGGCUUCGCCCUUCGGCGCGCCCGCCGCAACCACCACGCCCUUUGGUACCACGGCGCCCGCGACCGGCGGCGGCCUGUUUGGCGGUUCCACGCCCUUCAACUUCAACACCGCGCCCGCCGCCACGCCGUCGCUGUUUGGCGCCUCGACUGCGGCCGGCGGCACCAUGUCGUUCACCUCCAACCUGUUUGGCGGCAACACGCUGGGCCAGACGGCGGCGCCCACCGGCGGCCUGUUUGGCGGCGCGGCGGCCGCGGCGCCGGCGGCGCAGGCGCAGCCGCCGACCGUGGCGCAGCCCGCCUACGGCGCUUUCAGCUCGCUGCCCGCGGUGCCUGACGCCAAGGUGGGCAUCACCACGCGCGGCGCACGCAACGGCAGCAUCAGCAACGGCGCCAGCAAGGCCAGUCCCCUGCUGUCGCUGCGCGCCACGCCCGUGCGCUAUGGCGCCUCGGUGCGCGCACGCUCCGAGCAACCGCUCAACCUGGGCGGCGCCGCCGCAGCCGCCGGCGGCGGCGGCCUUGUGGGCGUGCUGGGCGCCAGCGCCCGCGUCGGCGUCGGCGUCAUGGGCGGCAUGGCUGGCGCCUCAUCGGACCUGCUGACGCCACAGGCGCCUGGGAGCGCCGGCGCUGCUGCGGCGGCCGCCGCGGGCGGCAGCGGCCUGCUGCCGCUUCGCCAGAACCCGCACCGCCUCUUCAUCGCCGCACCGCCGCCGUCCACCGAGGCCGCCGGCGGCAGCAGCUUCCUGUCCCCCGCGCGGCCGGCCUCGUCGCACCGCGGCGGCGGCGCCACGCCGCCCGAUGGUUACCAUGACCCGCACCUGCACGGCCACGGCCACGGCCACGACGAUGACCGCUACGCCGAGACACCUGCCGGCGCGCGCACCGGCGGCAGCGGCCACAACGGCUACACCAAUGGCUACGCCACCGGUGGCGCGGGCGCGGGCGGGGCCUCCGGCCCCGCCUUCCAUGACGCGCCGCCGUCGGAGGCGCACCUGCCGCGCCUGGGCCGUCUGGUGAGCGAGGGCUACACCUUCAGCCCCAACGUGGAUGAGCUGCGGCUGCUGCACAGCCAGAACCCCGCCAACCUGGCGGCCGUGUCCAACUUCACCGUCUCCCGCGCCGGCGUCGGCCAGGUCCGCUGGGUGGUGCCUGUUGACGUGCGCGGCCUGGCGCUCGCGGACAUUGUGGCCAUCAGCUACGGCGAGGUGGCCUGCUACCCCGACCCUGCCACCAAGCCGCCACAGGGCCAGGGCCUGAACAAGCCCGCGGAGCUGACGCUGUACGGCGUGUACCGCAAGGACAAGGAGACAGGCGCCCUGAUCAAGGACGGCCCGCGCGCCCAGGCGUACGAGAAGGCGCUGAGGCAGAUGUGCGGCCGCAUGGGCGCCAAGUUCGUGUCCUACAAGCUCGACGGCGGCGUGUGGAAGUUCGAGGUGGAGCACUUCAGCCGCUACGGCCUGCUCGACGAGGACGACGACUACGUCGACGACGGCAUGGGGGUGCAGGGCGAGGUGGCGCCAGCGGCGGCGCCGCUGGCCCGGCCGCCCCGCGUCGGCGAGGAGGGCGUCGGCGAGGCGCCGGGCGCCCGGCCGCCUCGCGGCGGCCGGCUUGGCCUGAUGGGCGCCGACGGCGAGGAGGGCGCCGGCAAUGUGCCACUGGGCGCGGCUGCCAGCCCUGCUGCGGGCCUUGUGGGUCGCGGCCUGGCAGGUGUGGGCCUGGGCGGCUUUGCCUUUGGCGGCGGGCCGGCGGCCAGCGCUGCCGGUCGUGCGGCGGGCGCGCUGGCAGUGGCGGCCAUGCCGGAGGACUCGGGAAUGGAGCCCAGCGUGGGCCCCAGGAGGCUGCUGGGCGCGGAGGGCGGGCUGGCGUCGGAGGCGACCAGCGGCGCGGCAGAUGACCAGGAUAUGUCCGAGGCGCGCGCCCAGCUGCGCUUCGGCGACGACCCCACCGCCGAGGCCGAGGUGUCGGGCGGCGUGGUGGGACCGCCCGCCGCCGGCGGCUCUGUGAUCACUGGUUCCAUCGCCCUGGGCGGCGGCGGCGGCGGCUUUGGCGGCGGCGCCGCCGAUGCAGCCAUGGCGGAGCCGGCCCCGGCGGCGGUGCCGCUGCAGCACGCGCUGCCGGCAUCGCUUGCGCACGACCCCGUGCGCGUGCGCGCGCUGCACGACGCCUUUUUUGGCGGCGGCGGCGGCGGCGGCGGCGGCGCAGCUGCGGUGGCGGGCGAUGGCUGGACCCACCAGCAGCAGCAGCAGCCGCACCACCACCAUCACCAACACCACAGGCAAGCGCUGCAGGCGGCGGGCUCCAUGAUCAGCGGGGCGCUGCCGAUGGGCGGGGCCGGCGAGGCGGCACGCGCCGGCGCCGCCACGGCGGCGGCGGCAGCGGCAGCGCUGCGUGAGGGCGGCGGCGCCACCAGCGCGGCGCCGAGUGGCCCCAUGGCGACCACGUGGCGGCGCCCGGCGGCGGCGCUGUCGGCUGGCGCACCAGCGGCGGUCAUGGCCCGCGGCGCGGCACUGCUGUCAGAGGUGGGCGGCGGAGACAGCGGCGGCGGCGCGGGCGCGGCGGGCGCGGGCUCGCCCAUCAGCCUGGCCCUGGCGCGGGCGGUGACGGUGCGGCCGUCGCCGUCGGCACCGGAGGGCGCCGCGGGCGCGGUGCUCCCGCUCAAGGAAGUGGCCACGGCUCGCUACCUGACGGACGCGGGUCUGGCCAUGGGCCGCUCCUUCCGUGUCGGCUGGGGCCCCGGUGGCAAGCUGGUGGUGCCGGGCGCGGCGGAGGCCACCACCGCCACCGAGAUCUGCGUCACGCGCGUCCGCGUGGAGGGCGAGGGCGCGGCGUACCGCGAGGUGUCGGGCAGCGGCGCCGCCGACGCCGAGGAGGCGGAGGGACUGGAGGCCCUGCGUGAGCGCCUGCGCGCCGCGCUGGAGGUCCACCUGGCAGCCAGCAAGCCGCGCGAGUCGCUGCCGGCGGCUGGCGGUGACGUGGCGGUCACGGAUGCGAGCGGUGACGUGGCGGUUACGGAUGCGGCGGACGACGGCGCCGCCGCGGCGGUGGCAGCGGCGGCGGCGGCGGUGCCGCCGCACUGGCGGCUGUGCGUCGACAACCGCGAACUGGCGGUUCUGGUGGAGCGCUACGUGCGCGUGUGCGAGCAGCAGCUGCACAGCAUGCUCGGCGGCGGCAGUGGCGCAGCCGAUGGCGGCUCCUCCGCCGGCGGCGCCGCGGCGGCGGCUGCCGUGGAUGCGGACCAUCCCGACGCGGCGCGGCUGCGCCAUGAGAUCGACACGUGGCGUUUGGUGGAGGUGCUGUUUGCGCGCAUUGACGGUGAGGUGCCCGAGGAGGCCGCCGGCGGCAGCGGCGGCGCAGCGGAUUUCGUGUCGCUGUCCACGCCGCCGGCAACCCCCGGCAAUGCGCUGGCGCUGGUGCACAGCGGCGAUCACGACAUGGCAGCGGCCGCUGCCGGCAGCACCGCAGGCGAUGGCCCCGCGGCGCCGCGCACGCUGCUGGCGGCGCUGCAGCGGCGCGCAGCGCUGGGGCUGUGGCUGCAGCGGCAGGCGCGGCGGCGUGUGGAGGAGGACCUGGCGGCGCUGCCGCAUGGCAGCAGCCCGGCGGCGGUGGCGCUGCACCUGCUGGCGGCGCACCAGCUGGCAGCUGCGGCGGGCGCAGCGGUGGCGGCGGGCGACACGCGCCUGGCCCUGCUCAUUUCGCGGGCGGGCGGCCGCAGCUCAGCCAAGCAGCAGCUGGCGGCGCAGCUGACGCUGUGGCGGCAGCAGGGCUUCAGCGAGCACAUCGCGCCGGAGCGCCUGGCCGCUUACCACCUGAUGGCGGGGCAGGUGCUGGAGACGCAGCGGCUGCUGUCGCUGGACUGGCGGCGGCUGCUGGGCCUGCAGCUGUGGUACGCGGCGGCGCCCACCUCCUCGCCGCUGACGGCGCUGCAGCGCUACCUCAUGGACCGCCACACCGAGCCGGGCGUGGUGCCGCACCCGGCGCCCUACCACGUGGAGGGCCUGCAGCCGUCAGCGACUGGCGCCGGCAGCAGCACCGGCUCGGGCGGCGCCACUGACGUGCAGUGGGAGCUGCUGCAGCUGUGGAGCACCACGCCCGCCGCCGCCACCGCCGACUGCCUGUCUGACGGCCGCCUGGCCACCGCGCCCGGCGUGGCGUCAGCGGCGGAGCGCGCGCGGGAGGGCUGGCUGGCUGGAGGCGGCUGUAGCAGGCUGCUGCGAUGCGCCGGCUACAGCCCCAACCCGCUGGACCACAGCCUGGCGUGGCACCUCAUGACCUCGCUGCAGGCCUGCCAGGUACUGCCCAAGCCCGGCGCCGCCGCCGGCCGCCACGGCGCCGACGCCCACGCCGGCUCCCCGCCGCCCGCCUACGAGUCCGAGCUGCUGGGCACCACCCUGGAGUUCAUCUCGCAGCUGCUGCUGGCCGGCGGGCUGUGCGAGUGGGCGCUGUACGUCGCGCUCACCAUCCCCGACCUGCCGGCCGAGGAGGGCGGCGCGGGUGGAGGGGCUGGGGAGGACGGGGAGGAGGAGGGCGCGGGCCGCAGCCCGGCCGUGCGCACACGCAUUGUCCGGGAGCUGCUCGCCAUGACGGCGCCCGAGUGGAUGGGCGACAGCACCCGCGAGGCCUUCCUAACCAACACGCUGCGCAUCCCCGCGCCGCUGCUGGCGGAGGCGCGCGCCACCUGGGCCCACUAUGCCCGCGACGACGCCGGCCGCUGCGCCGCGCUGCUGGCCGCCGGCUCCGUCGCGGCCGCGCACAACGUCUUCUCCUCCUCCGUCGCGCCCGGGCUGUUCUUGGCGGGCGCCUGGGAGCAGCUGGCGGCGCUGGUGGCGGCGCUGGAGCCCGCUGCGGCGGCACUGCCGGCCUGGUCCGCUGGCGGCGGCCUGUACGGCAACUUCCUGGCGCUGUUCGGCCGCCAGCUGACGGCGGCUGCGGCGGCGGCCGCCGCGCCUCCGGGCGUGGGCAUGCAGGAACUGCUUGGCUUUGCGGCACAGGUGCAGGAGGCGCAGCUGGGGCUGGACCCCAGGGUCGGGGGCGGCCCAGCCGCUGCCGCUGGCGGCUCCGCCGCCGGCGGUGCCGCUGGCGCGGCACCGGUGGUCGGCGCCGACGAGGGCGCGGAGCGGUCGCGGCUGCGGCGGCGGCUGGUGCUUGGGCGCAUGGCGUCGCGCGUGCACGGGGCGCUGAUGUCGUGCUCGGUGGGCGGGCCCGGCGGCGCGGCGGCGGGCUGGGAGGAGCGCAGCGUGGGGCUGCAGGCGGGGCUUGCGCUGCAGGGCUGCCUGGCAGCAGAGCUGCAGCUGGGCGGUGUGGCCGUGGCGGUGGCGGAGGCGGGCGCGCGCGUGGCGGCGUGCUCGUCGUGAGCUUGAGGCGUGGUCUUUGUAGGCCGAGCUAUUUGACAGGCCGUAGGGGGGUUGCACGUGGCGGCAUGCUUGGAUGGUGCCGGUGGUGGUGGCGGAGUAUCUGCUGAGGUCUUGAUGUGCGUUGAGGGUCGUUAGCGAAGCUCCGGCUGACUUUGGCAGGCGAAGCGCAGCACGUACAGACAGUUGCUAGUAUGGUAUCUGAACACAGAAUGAGUGCCAAGCGUUGCGGCAUCGUUGCGACUUCAAGGACGGAUUGUCAGAGCCGGCCGUAAGCUUGCGAAGGCGAAGGCUGGCUCCUGCUAGGGUAAGCAAUAAGCAGUGAAGCUGGACCGAAUGCCACAACUGCAGGGCAGGGUGCAGGUCUUACGGAUAGCUUGGGACAGAGGUGUGUGUAUCUGCCGGUGCUGAAGCAUAGCGGCGCUUUUGGAAUGGCAUGGAGGGCGCUAACAGGUUCAGUAAUAAGUUGCGCGGGUUGUUGCGCUUGGGGGCCACUGCCCUUGCACUUGAAGAGAGCUGGAGCGGCCAAGGGAAUGCCUAGCUGGCGAGCUCAGAGCCUCAGACGGCCCCAGUGCUCGUAUCUUCCUUCUUUUCGACAGAAAUUUGCCCCAAAACGCCUCCGGCGGAAGAAAUUUUUGAUUCCUGUGGCCAAAAAUCUGUGGAAACGCUUCAGGUUUGGAGGGGUCUUUCUGAGAUUCGCAGAAGACAUUUUAGGGCGUUUCUGUCACUUGUUCGGGCCCAAGGCAAGGGUGACUAAGGUCUAUCUACGGCCGUUUCCUGCUGGCACCAUGGGGGCACACCAAGAUAGGGCAGCCUUCUACUAGGGGAGACAUUCCGUGGGUGGGUGAGCGUGAUGAGCGUGAGAGAGGGCGCUGGGGUUUGGGGAUGGGCCACGUUUUGCCAUGGAGCCAUAGAGCCGGUGCUUUUUCAGCCCUCACGCUGCAAGGGCACAUCCCGUGCGGCGGAAUACUUUGCUGUGCCGGAGCCGAAAUGUGGGAUGGGGGCAACAGCAACCUCACCCCGCAUGCUGUGACAGCGGCACAUGCGGUGCGGCGGAAUAUUUUGCUGUGCCAGAGCCGGAACGUGGGAUGGGGGCAACAGCAACCUCACCCCGCACGCUGUAACAAUGGCGCAUG